AGCGGCGCCUGGCGCGGGCCGCGGGGUCGGGGCUGUGCUUGGCUGGGUGCUGCGCAGCUUGCCUGAGUUGCCGUCGUCCCUCCGGCCACCAUGGCCACCGACUCGUGGGCCCUGGCGGUGGACGAGCAGGAGGCAGCUGUGAAGUCGAUGAGUAGUUUGCAGAUCAAAGAAGAGAAAGUCAAGCCAGACGCCAACGGUAUAAUCAAAACUAGUACCACUGGAGAGAAGACAGAUGAAGAAGAGAAAGAGGACAGAGCUGCCCAGUCUUUGCUCAACAAGCUGAUCAGAAGCAACCUCGUGGAUAACACAAACCAAGUGGAAGUCCUGCAGCGGGAUCCGAACUCUCCCCUCUACUCAGUGAAGUCUUUUGAAGAACUUCGCCUGAAGCCACAGCUUCUCCAGGGAGUCUAUGCUAUGGGCUUCAAUCGACCAUCCAAGAUACAGGAGAAUGCAUUGCCAAUGAUGCUUGCUGAACCCCCACAGAAUCUGAUUGCCCAGUCUCAGUCUGGUACUGGAAAAACGGCUGCCUUUGUCUUGGCUAUGCUCAGUAGAGUGGAGCCCACAGACAGAUUCCCUCAGUGUCUGUGCCUCUCCCCAACAUACGAGCUGGCGCUUCAAACAGGCAAAGUGAUUGAGCAGAUGGGCAAAUUUCAUCCAGAACUGAAGCUUGCUUAUGCUGUUCGAGGCAAUAAAUUAGAAAGAGGUCAGAAGAUCAGUGAGCAGAUUGUCAUUGGCACCCCUGGGACUGUCCUAGACUGGUGCUCCAAGCUCAAGUUCAUUGAUCCCAAGAAGAUCAAAGUAUUUGUUCUGGAUGAGGCUGACGUGAUGAUAGCUACUCAGGGCCACCAAGACCAGAGCAUCCGCAUCCAGAGGAUGCUGCCCAGAAACUGCCAGAUGCUGCUUUUCUCUGCCACCUUUGAAGACUCAGUGUGGAAGUUUGCCCAGAAAGUGGUUCCAGACCCCAACAUUAUCAAACUGAAGCGUGAGGAGGAGACAUUGGACACCAUCAAGCAGUAUUAUGUCCUGUGCAAUAACAGAGAGGAGAAGUUCCAGGCCCUGAGCAACCUGUAUGGAGCCAUCACCAUUGCUCAAGCCAUGAUCUUCUGCCACACCCGCAAGACAGCUAGCUGGCUGGCAGCAGAGCUCUCAAAAGAGGGCCACCAGGUGGCUCUGCUGAGUGGCGAAAUGAUGGUGGAACAGAGGGCUGCAGUGAUUGAGCGCUUCCGAGAAGGCAAAGAGAAGGUUCUGGUGACCACCAACGUGUGUGCCCGUGGUAUCGACGUUGAACAAGUAUCAGUCGUCAUCAACUUUGAUCUGCCCGUGGACAAGGACGGGAACCCAGACAACGAGACCUACCUGCACCGGAUCGGGCGCACAGGGCGCUUUGGCAAGCGGGGUCUGGCGGUGAACAUGGUGGACAGCAAGCACAGCAUGAACAUCCUCAAUAGGAUCCAGGAGCAUUUUAAUAAGAAGAUAGAAAGAUUGGACACGGAUGAUUUGGACGAGAUUGAGAAAAUAGCCAACUGAGAAGGCCGCCAGCGUCUGUUGUGCUCCAGCGCCACUCCGUGCUGUCCCCGUAGGAGACCAGUGCUCUCAUGGCUUAGGUCUUGACGUCACCUCAGAGAAGAAGGCCCGCGUAGAAAAACUACCUACCUCAUUCAGAAUUACGUUUGGACUUGACAAAAAUAUGUGCAAAUAACAGGGGAAAAUCAAAGGAAAAAUAUGCAUCUUGGAAAACAGUCCUCUCCUCUAUCCCUUUUUUAAACCAUCCCCACUUCUUUAUGGUUAACAUGACUACCCUCCUCUCUGGUUUGGCAUUGUUAGGACCCUCUAGCCCCAGGGCAGGGGAUGGGUGGAAGGUCAGACUGACUGACUGUGACCCAGCCAUCAUGGGUAGAGUGAAGUUCCAGAGGCCCUGAGCUGCUCCUACUGGACUUCCGUGUCUCCUGCCUGGAAUCCAGCCACAUUCCAGCUGGUCUGUUUCCCCACUGUAGAAGCUGUCACUUGUCACUCUUCUCCCAAUAAGCAUCUUGGCUGCUGGUCAUGUGCUUCAGAGUGGGGAAGAAGAUAGAAGAAAGCAAAUCACAGACUCUUAAGAUUGGUGGGGCAAGGGGAGACACAUUUUUGAGGAUGGGAUCUGCCCAUUCCCAGCCACUCAGCUGCUCCACACCGGGUGCUCAGUCACAGCAGCCAGGACAGUGGGUGAUUUUCUGAGCAUUCUUGGCUCCGAUAAUUGGUUCUAACCUGGACUUUUCAUGUCAUGCCUGGAGCCAAGCUGCAGUUUGGAAAGGAAGUUAUGACCAAGCAAACACUCAUGCUGUUCAAAAUAGCAGACUUAUGGGUUACUUCAUUCAUACAUUGUAUGAAUAAGUCAGAUAAAUUAUAGUUAUACACCAUUCAUUAUGAGAAAUUUUAAAGUAAUUAUGACAGACACUUUACUAAUCAUGAUUUAUUUGUAUUUUUCUGCUUACUAGUCUAAUAUAUGCUCAUUAAAAAUGUGUGUGUGUGAAAAUGCUCUGUCCCACACAGGA